AAUCUCAUAAUACCGGCAAAAAAUCACCUGAACGUACAUCGCCUCUCCGGGAAUUUCAGCUGAAACCACCGGGAAAUCGUCAUUUUCCGGCAUAUUUAUUUAUUUAUCACCAUUAACGCUUGCAUAAUGGUCCCUUUAAUCCAGAUUAGAAAAGGACCCCACCUAUACACGUGUCAAUACAGUAACCAGAUAGCCCUUGAUUUUUGGAAGCUCUUGUAGAAAACCGGAGCGCCAUAGAUAUUUUGAAGCUCUUGAAAAUGGCGUGGAAUCACUCAGAAAUCGAUUCCUUAUUCAUUACUCAGUUGAAGCAAGAGAACCAAGGAAUGGGUUUUUUGUGAUUACACAGUGAAAUUACUUGGAAAAUGCACAUUUAAUUUUGUAUGUGUUGAGGAUUUUGUUAUUACACAGUGAAAUUACUAGAAAAAUGGCCGUUUAAUUUUGUAAUUAUUGAGCAGGACACAGAAAACAAUGGCGGUUAGUCCACGGCAGUCCUUCGGUUGCUUCCUUGUUUCAGGACAAGGACGUCAAAGUGAACGGGCAAUGCCACAUUUCAAAGGAGAUUAUACUAGUUUUUGCAAAGAGAGAUCAUGGGGGGUUGGGAAAUGCUUUUGCAUUGCUUCCAACCAAAUGAAAGGGGGUUAUUACCUCUCUUUUCCAAUCAUAGGCUAUUCUUCUUGUAUUUUUAUUCGGUGUUCAAUAAAGAGAGAAAGAAGGCCAGGACCAAUAUUCUCACAGCCCAAAGAUUUUGCAGCAGUUAAAUAUGAAUGUUUGCUUUCUUCAAAAACAUGGGGAACUGGCGUUAUACAAUCAAGGCUGAGGAAGUUGGGUUCUUCUAAUGGGUUUUGUCAUGAAUCACAAGCUAACCAAUUGAUUAAGACAAGAGCUGAUUUAAAAUCAAAACCUUAUGAUAUCAUAGAAUCAAAGUCUGACUCUGUUAAAUUCUUCAAAGUUCUAAGUGAGGUUGUGUUGUCUGAAGAGGACACACAAGACAAAUCUCCUUGGUGGGAGCAGUUUCCAAAGCGAUGGGUUAUCGUUCUUCUUUGCUCUUCUGCAUUUCUUCUCUGCAAUAUGGAUCGUGUAAAUAUGAGUAUCGCCAUUCUUCCAAUGUCGGCAGAGUUCAACUGGAGUCCUUCAACUGUUGGCUUGAUCCAGUCAUCUUUCUUCUGGGGCUACCUUCUGACCCAAAUUGCUGGAGGCAUAUGGGCAGACACAGUUGGUGGAAAGCUUGUGUUGGGUUUUGGGGUAGUUUGGUGGUCCAUUGCUACUGUUCUAACCCCUGUAGCUGCAAAGCUUGGAUUACCUUUCUUACUUGUCAUGCGCGCCUUCAUGGGGAUUGGUGAGGGAGUUGCCAUGCCUGCUAUGAAUAAUAUUCUAUCCAAAUGGAUUCCUGUCAAAGAGAGGAGUAGAUCACUGGCAUUAGUUUAUAGUGGGAUGUACCUUGGAUCCGUAACUGGCUUGGCUUUUUCACCCUUGCUAAUACAGAAGUUUGGGUGGCCAUCAGUUUUUUACUCCUUUGGUUCUCUUGGAACAGUGUGGGUUGCUAUUUGGCUAAAUAAGGCUUAUAGCUCUCCACAAGAAGAUCCACAACUCUGUGAAGAUGAAAAGAAGCUUAUUGUAGGUGACAGUGUUUCAAAGCAACUGACCACCACCAUUCCAUGGAGACUAAUAUUAUCAAAGCCACCAGUUUGGGCCCUAAUAAUCUCCCACUUUUGUCACAAUUGGGGGACAUUCAUUCUUCUUACAUGGAUGCCAACAUACUACAAUCAGGUAUUGAAGUUCAACCUGACAGAGUCUGGGCUUCUCUGUGUUCUGCCGUGGCUUACAAUGGCAGUAUCUGCAAAUAUAGGAGGCUGGAUUGCUGACUCUCUUGUGAGUAAAGGGUUUUCCAUCACAACAGUUCGCAAGAUUAUGCAGUCCAUUGGGUUUCUUGGGCCAGCUUUCUUUCUUACACAAUUGAGCCAUGUCCAUUCCCCUGCAAUGGCAGUCCUAUGCAUGGCAUGCAGUCAGGGAACUGAUGCAUUUUCACAGUCCGGUUUGUACUCUAAUCAUCAGGAUAUUGGCCCUCGAUAUGCUGGUGUACUUCUGGGUCUGUCGAACACUGCUGGAGUACUGGCUGGAGUCUUUGGGACAGCAGCAACUGGUUACAUCUUACAGCACGGCUCAUGGGAUGAUGUAUUCAAGGUGGCAGUAGGCCUAUAUCUUGGAGGAACAGUGGUAUGGAACCUUUUCUCCACUGGAGAGAAGAUACUUGACUGAUGCAUGAAACAACAAUCAGCAGGUAGAUAUACACAUUCAUAAAAGGAAAGUAAUUUAUUCAAGAAGAAUACAAAGAAUAAGAGGCUCUUUGUAAAAUAUGAAUUAAUUAUUUAAUUCUGUAAAAUUAUGAAUCUUUCUAAAGCUAUCAAUUUUGGGAGUGACUUUGAUUGGUUACAA